GCCAAAACGACAAGGCCACGGCCCCUGGUCUUUACUGAACUGGUGGAUCGAGAACUCCAUACGACUGUCGGCAGACCUCAUAGCUUAUCAAAUUAUCACGAGCAGAUGGCCUGGUCCCUUGCGCGGGGCUGUGUCGAUGCUACCUGGCUAGAUUGCGGGCACUGGAUGCCCAUCGCCGCGCGUCAUCGGAUUGCCCAGGAGGCGAGUGUAGUUCGUACAGAGCUUCAAACCAGGCCUGGCUUUGCUGAUUGCUCUCUGGCAGCUCUGCCGUACAUAGAUACACCUAUUUUCAUAAAGUGCACUCUUGCUGUAUCAUUCCAAGUAGCACCUGUAACUCUACAAGUCGCUACAGCGCUGCUGAUUAAGAGAGUGACGAGAUCAGGACCCUGCGCUAUUCGCACAGUCCCAGCCACAGUUCCCGCAUCGUCUGCACUGUGCUCACACCCAACGCAAGUCAAAGGGGGGUCCAAGCGUUCCUUGUCGAGACAACACCACGUUUCCUUCAAUCACGACGACAUCUUGGACAUCGCCAACCGUUUCCAGCCGUCAUAGGCGCCCCAUUCUGACCAUUCUUCCGACAAGACCCUCGCUGCCGGCUUUCGCAUUUACGUACACAACUUUUAAUUAAUCAACAUCGCGUUCCCUAUCUGGACACCUUUCCUCAGCUCGCCUUUCUUCAGUCCACCACGGGCGCAUCGCGACAGCAAAAAACCCGUAUCGUACCCUAAUCGUCUUCGGUCACAUCAUCGAGAACAAAUACCAGAGACAGCGACGACCUAUAUCCCAGUCUUCGUCACCGACCGGCUUUCAAAAUGGCCGUCGCGAUCAACGACCGCACGGCGGAAUUCCGUCACAUUGUCAGCGCCGCGAAGCGCAAGCAAGUGGCAAAACCUGGAUCGCAAAGACUCCUCGGCAGUAGUCAACAAAGCGCCGCCAACGGCGAUGCCAAACCCAAGCGCUCAGAGUUUGCGCGGAGUGCGGCAGAAAUCGGCCGAGGAAUCUCGGCUACUAUGGGCAAGCUGCAAAAGCUGGCUCAGCUGGCCAAGAAGCGAUCCCUCUUCGACGACAACCCGAUCGAGGUGAACGAGUUGACCUUCAUCAUCAAGCAAGAUCUGUCCCGCCUCAACGAGGAUAUCCGAAAUCUCCAGGCCCUUUCCAGACGGCUGCACCCAAAACCGGACCAAGAGGGUGAGAACAACAAGAACAUUUUGCUUCUCUUGCAGGGCAAGUUGGGGGAUGUCAGCGCGAACUUCAAGGACGUGUUGGAGAUCAGAACCAAGAACAUCCAGGCCUCGAGGUCAAGGACCGAGGCAUUUGUCUCUAACGUCGGGCAACAUGCGCAGCUUUCCUUGCAGCAAUCUGCCUCCCCGCUAUACGGCACGCCGAACCGGGGGACACCAUCACCGGGGAAUGACUUGAUUUCUCUGAACCCAGUGGUAGACCAGCAGAUGCAACUCCAGAUGAUGGAGGAGGGUGGCCAGAACAACUACAUUCAGCAAAGAGGCCAAGCCAUCGAAGCCAUUGAAUCUACCAUCAACGAACUGGGGUCCAUCUUCGGUCAACUAGCUGGCAUGGUCAGCGAACAAUCAGAGAUGAUUCAAAGAAUCGAUGCCAACACAGAGGACGUCGUGGACAAUGUUGAGGGCGCACAGAAAGAGCUUCUCAAGUACUGGUCACGAGUCAGCAGCAACAGGUGGUUGUUAGCCAAGAUGUUUGGCGUUCUUAUGAUAUUCUUCCUGCUCUGGGUGUUGAUCGCCGGGUAGUCUUUUGGGUUGUUCCCAAAGUUACGAUUCUCUUGUAUAAUUAUGUCCUUCCUUUUUUUUAACUGCUGCUACUCGCAUACGGGGACUACCGCGUACUUCAUUUUUUUGAUGUUCGCGCCGGCGUUUUCUCGGUAGAAUCUUUCGUUGCAAGCAUGGUAGACAGAACCUUGGUAAUAAUGAUGGGUGGGCGUGUGGUCUUUUUUGUAUCUUGUUUCUUGGGAAGACAAAGAAGGGGGCUGCCUGAAUGGCUGUGUACAGAAAAGGGAGGCAGUGAAGCAAAGCGUGCCAGACUAUCGCUGGUUGUCUUGAAGGGGAAAGCAUGGAGAGUUUGAAGAAGCCUAGCUCUGACCUGCAGAUUGAAGGAUUUGAAGACACGGGGAAACUUGUCCUGUAUUUCCUGAGACGAGUGGUAACGGGAGCAAUUUUCCACCUA